GCCUGUUUAGCACAUGACAGCAGCGUGUAUUUUUCCUUUUCCACUUGGCAAUCGAAAGGAAUAGGUUCUAUCCACCAUGGUGACCAAGAAGCCCGUCAAGAAGAAGGUCGUGCCGAAGCAGAAGGUCGCUCCGGCCCCGCUGGCCAAGCCGAAAAAAGUUGAGGUUAAGAAGGUGGUGAACCCGUUGUUCGAGAAACGUGUUAAGAACUACGGCAUCGGCCAAAAUGUGCAGCCCAAGCGUGACCUGAGCCGGUUCGUGCGCUGGCCAAAGUACAUUCGCAUCCAGCGUCACCGGGCCAUCCUCCAGAAGCGUCUGAAGAUUCCGCCGCCGAUUAACCAGUUCACGCAAACGGUCGACAAACCGACGGCCCAGCAGGUGAUGAAGCUGCUGGAGAAGUACCGUCCGGAGAACCCAACCGCUCGCGUCCAGCGUCUGAAGGCGAAGGCGGAAGCGAAGGCAGCCGGCAAGGACGAAGCACCGUCGAAGCGUGCGAACCAGGUGCGCCAGGGUGUGAACACCGUGGUGAAGCUGGUGGAGCAGAAGAAGGCUCAGCUGGUCGUGAUUGCGCACGACGUGGAUCCGAUUGAGCUGGUCGUCUAUCUGCCGGCACUGUGCCGUAAGAUGGGUGUGCCGUACUGCAUCAUCAAGGGCAAGUCGCGGCUGGGUACGUUGGUGUACCGCAAGACGUGCACCUGUGUUGCGCUGACCCAGGUCGAGAACGCGGACAAGCCCAACCUGGCCAAGCUAGUUGAAACGAUCAAGGCCAACUUCAACGAUCGGUUCGAUGACAUCCGUCGUCACUGGGGCGGUGGUUUGCUCGGUCCGAAGAGUAUGGCACGUCUGGCCAAGCUCGAAAAGGCCAAGAAGCGUGAGAUGCUGCAGAAGAACUAGAUCUGCACGGUGUCCUCUGUAUGCAUUCGAUAAUAAACAUUAAGUUUUCGAACACUCGAACAAAAUGGA